UUGCCGACGAGACAACCUUGUAUAAUUGCAUCAUGGGCUGGAGGCCCUCACUCUACCGAAAGGUGGAAGCAAAGCCGCCAUGGCAGCGAGACAACGAAAUACCAGUAGAGCUGCGGGGACAGGGACCACCGGCAGCCGAAACAAGCGAGAGCGAGAGGGAAGAUGAGGCAGCCGCAGAUCUAGACUCGACGAAGAGCGAACACAAAGAGAAGAACGAAAAAGCACCGCAAGCGCCUGGGCACAACAACAACCACGGCGAAUAUCGAGCAGAGGUUGAAAUAUUAAAAUUGCAAAUCGAGCUGCUGAAGCUGCAUCGCGAGAGGGAGAAGGAAGGGAGAGUAGAGAACACAACACCGGCCGCCAACAAUGACGCUGGCAUCAUGCUGCUAAAUGCCGCCAAAGACAUGUUGCCAACAUAUCAUGGCAACAUUUCUGGAAACAACGAUGACGUCACAACUUGGAUCGCGCAGUUUAAGGCCAUCGCAAAAGUGAACAAAUUGAAGGAUGAGAAGCUACUAAUGCCGCUAAUGUCGAAGCUUAAGGACAAAGCAUUGGUGUGGCUGCAUUCGAGUCCGGAGCACAUGUCGUUGCCAAUCGAUCAGUUGUUGAACGUCAUGGAAGACACUUUCCAUCCCAAGGAAAGCAAACUGUUGCUCCGCCGCAAGUUCGAGUCCCGUUCAUGGGGACGUGACGAGGAGUUCUCAAUGUACUUCAACGCCAAAGUGGCGCUGGCAUCCCGCAUAGUCAUUGACGACGAGGAGUUUAUCGAAGGUAUCCCAGACGUAGGCCUGCGUAGGCAAGCCCACAUGCAGUGCUUUGGUGCUCCAUAUCAACUACUCAAGGCGUUCGAGAAGAUCAUGCUGCCAAAGAAGUACGGUUCAACUGAGGGGGCAAACACUGGAGCCUCGCCAACACCCAUUCGCUGCUACAACUGCAACUCUUUGGGCCACGUGGCAGGGGAGUGCCGCAAGCCCAAGCGCGAAAGAGGAGCGUGCUACGGAUGCGGCAGCAUGAGUCACCAGGUGUCACACUGUGACGAAAAGAAGAACAAGAUUGCCUCAUCGACUCUGGGAGCCCAAUAAGUUUUAUAAAGUUAUCAUGUCUUGAGCACCAGUCGGAAAAUAAACUAAAUAAUGCGGAAGAGCGCUCACGAUUAAGUUCAAAUGAAAUCAAAGAAGAUGAUUUAAGUUUAUAUAAGUUUAACAAAGACAAGAAAAACAGAGAAAUUGAAUUUAUUUUGAAUAAAAAUGCGGAUUACGCUUAUGUUGGACUAAA